AUGGACACAUUAUACUAUGAUCAUGGCCACGGCUAUAUGCCAGGCUCAGUCGAACCAGCUGGAGCGCCCUCCAGGUCCUACGGGGACGGUUCAGGGACCGAGAACCCCGUGAAACUGACGCCUAUCACUAGAAGAGUCAGCCGGGCCAAAAAGGGUGUCCCUGUGCAUACUUUCACUCGGGCGGAGCACUUGAGUGAACAAGACAUCAAGAUGCAUGGCGACUCGCCUUCCGGCUCGAGCGCCAACGCGCCCGUGAGAGGCGGCAGCAAUCUGUCACCAAACACCGCAUCGCACAGCUACCCACCUGUCACAUCCACCGUGGGCAGCUCGAUGCCAGGGUAUGCUGAUGUGGCCAUGGGUGAGGCUCCAUGGGACUCCAUGGGCGGUUCUGAGCUGUAUCCGAGCGCCAGCGGGCUUCGGCCUGCCCCGGUAGAUGCUACCAAUCACUACAGGAUGAGCCCAAUGUACGCAGGUGCCUAUCCGUCGGUCAGCACCCCCUGGGCAGGCUCGGACGUCUCGCCAGCGACGUCUGGCAGCAGCAGCAACAGCAGCAACGCUGUGGUGGCUGAUCCUGUGCUACUGCAGACCUCUGGCCUCGGUGCAUCAUGGACUGACCAUGGUGGGCCGAACCCUGCCCUGGGAUCACCAAGCUACUACGCGUACACGACGUCGCCGCCGCCGGUCAGCUCGAGCACGGCCUACGACACGGCCAUGGACUUGGUGGUGCCCGACUACAAUGAGGGUGGCGCCGUGCACUCGCCUGAUGCUCUUUUGCACAACACUGUUCGUGAACAAUCCCCACCACUGGCUGUGGCUCAAUCAUCUGAGACUUUAGUCACCAUGCAGGCCGCGGUCCCGACGGCGGCGCGAGUAACAAGAGGCCAGGGCAGCGACGCCCGAAGCCUAGCGAUGUCGUCUGCGCUGGUAGCGCCCAUGCCGCUCGAGGAGGAGGCCCAUCAUACCAUUCCCGCGUAUCUCGAGGUGUACUGGGACAAGGUAGAUCCCUUGUACCCCUUUAUCCACAGGCAUACGCUGGAGAAGUUGGGCCAGCCUCCCGAGCAUCUCGAUCUUCUGCGGCGCGCGAUGGCUGCGGUGGCGACCCAAUUUCUCCAAGCCAAGACUCAUCGCGUCAACGGAAACGCUCUGCAAGCGUCGGCUUGGCACGAAUCCAAGGUGCUUGUCGAUGGUCAGCAGGCAACGGCACCGACCGCGAUUCGAGCGAACAGCCUCUCGUCUUGGUAUCACUGGAUUUCCAUGGAGUCUCGUCGACGAAUACUGGGCGUAUGCUUCAUGCUAGACGUCCACAGCACGUGCUACUUUGAGCAGCCCGGGCUCCGACUUGCCGGUCUGAAUUACAGCAGCCCGUACAAACUGCCGAUACCACUGUCCGCGAGCUCGGAGAGGCUCUGGGAAGCCACGGAUCGUCACUCGUGGAGCCAGCUGGUGCCCUCCGCCGCGCCGUUGCAAACCAUGGCCACGGCACUGGCAGGGUCGAUCACGGCGGAGGACGUUGCCGCCAUGCCUCGAUUCGACGCGGCCAUUUUGCUGGGUGCCUACCUGCUCGCGCUCCCGAAGAGAAAGGACCUCACCCAGGUGAGCACGACGGGUGGCCUCAAGCUGAGCAGGGCGCCCUAUCUGCUGGCGACCAUCUUCCCGACGUCACACGUCGCCAACACGUAUCUCGCGCUGCACUACACGCCGCUGCACAUCCUGCUGUCGGUGUCGGGCGAGAGCUGGGUGUUCAACAAGAAGAUUGUGAAGCCGACGCUCUUCUCGGCGAAUCGGCGAACGCUGGAAGCCUGGCGCCAGUCCAGCGACGGCACAAUGGCCGCGAGGUUUGCCGCGCGCGCUCUUGGCGCCUAUCUCCAGGUGGAUGGGCCGCAGAGCGUGGCCGAGACCGAGUCGUUUGUCGAGCGCCGGCACGGUUCACCCUGGAACGACCUCUCCGACUUCUGGGGCCUCUACGUGUGCACGCUCAUCUGCUGGGCCUACGGACGAGGAGGAAAGGCGAGCGACAGGGACGUGAGCCGGAGGGCCGGGCUGCGGUGGAUCCUGGAAGCGUCGCGGCGGGACCCCGCACAGUGGAGGGACUGGCACAAGGCCGAGGACACACUUGGGGUGGUGUGCCUGAUGAGGGACGUCCUGGGCAGGGACUGCGUGGGCGGACGAAACAUCUUGUUUGCCGACUCGGUGCGGGUGCUCCGGCGACUCAGCGGGAUAGAUGCCGCCGAAUGA